UCAUCGUCUUGAACGUGUCAAGACAGACGAAACUUGGCCCGACCCGUUGACUAUAAACCCGGGCUUUUAAGGCAGUGGGGGAAAGAUUUUGGAAAUUAGAUACGCUGAUGAUGACAUGGCACAAUCUCAAACUCAACUCCGGGUCGGGCAGACCACCAACGGGUCAAACGCCACCAAAUUAUGGAAACAGGUCACGCCUGUAAUAAAAUUCAUAAUGGAGGAGGAAGCAAAUGUAAUGAGAUUCAACAUUCUGCAACUCUUCCAGAUCUCGGCAUUCAAUUUCUUUUAAAAUAAAAGGUCGUGACCCUGGUCCAGAAAACCUUCCUCCAUAACCAUCGAGAUCAGGGGAGUAGAUUAAGUAGCUUGGUAAAAGAUGCAGCGUGCUCCUGCUACAGUCGACGAACAGUUGCUAGUGAAAGCGGUUAGAGAAGAAUGCCCGUGGGAAAAUCUCCCCAAACGGCUCCAAGCGAUCUUGACUUCCAAAGAAGAAUGGCAUAGAAGGAUAGUUGAAUUUUGCAUAAAGAAAAGACUCCAAUGGAACACUUGCUUUGCUCGCAAAGUAUGUAAAGAAAGUGAAUAUUAUGAGGAGAUGAUGCGUUAUUUGCGGAAGAAUUUAGCGCUAUUUCCUUACCACCUUGCGGAGUAUGUUUGCCGUGUAAUGAGGGUUUCUCCUUUCAGAUACUAUUGUGAUAUGAUUUUCGAGGUUAUGAAGAAUGAGCAACCUUAUGAUAGCAUCCCAAAUUUCAGCGCUGCGGAUGCCUUGCGGCUAACAGGAAUAGGGAGAAAUGAAUUUAUUGAUAUCAUGAACAAGUGCAGAUCCAAGAAAAUUAUGUGGAAGCUGAACAAGUCAAUUGCAAAAGAACUUUUACCUGCUCAACCAGUGGAUUUUGCAAUUGAACCAUGGUGGGGAGUUUGUCUUGUGAAUUUUACGCUGGAAGAAUUUAAGAGACUGUCAGAAGAAGAGACGGCAACAAUAGAUAAAGUGUGCAAGGAGGAGGCAAAUUCAUUUAUUCUGUUUGAUUCUGAUAUUGUCAAGGGACUUUACAGGCGGGGGUUGAUAUAUUUUGAUGUCCCUGUUUACCCUGAUGACCGUUUCAAAGUUUCCAGGCUUGAAGGAUUUGUUUCCAACAGGGAGCAGUCUUAUGAAGAUCCAAUAGAGGAGUUAUUGUAUGCAGUUUUUGUUGUUUCAAGCGAGAAUGCAACUGUAGCUGAGCUGGCAGCAACAUUACAAGCUGACCUUUCACAGCUGCAGGCUGCUGCAUCUUUUGCAUGUAGACUGGGAUGGGCAAUAAAAGUAAUUGAUCCAGCUUCUGUCCUUCAAGAUACAUUACCUGGAUCUCCUAGAACCACUCUCAGUGAUGAGGAUACUUCCCGUGCUAGUGUAGGCUCAGGAAAUAUGAUUAUUGGUGGUGAUGCCACAGAUGCUUCAGGGGCAGAAAAUAAUGGGCCACGUUCAAUGUAUACUCGUGUUGCUUUUGUUGUUGAUGCCAACAUAACGUCCUAUCUCAUGAUGGGGUCUGUUUCACCAGGCUUGAAAUCUCAUGCUGUGACACUGUAUGAGGCUGGAAAACUGGGUCAUGCUAGCAUUGCAGAUCUUUGCAAGGAUCUGAGUACAUUGGAGGGAACAAAAUUUGAGGGAGAAUUACAGGAAUUUGCAAACCAUGCAUUUAGCCUUCGUUGUGUUUUGGAGUGUCUGCAAUCAGGUGGGGUUGCAACUGAUGUUAAAGUAGAUGAAAUUUGUGAGAAGAUUGAUAUGAUAACAUCAAGCAAUGAUGAGGCUACUUCUCUUGUAGCUGACACCACUUUGUCUGAGGGAUCAGGAAACAUUCACAUUGAUAGAGAUGGGCCCAAUACUGAAAAUUCCAUGAACAACGGGAUAUCCCAGGAGGGUUCUGACUUAGCUGAAUCUAUUCCUGAAAGUGCUGGUGGUGAACCUUUUGUUAUUUCUUCGUCAGAAGAUAAUAAUUGCAUAAAUGAGGUCUCUAAGUUAGAUACUGAUUCCCAGAGUGAUGAAAAACUGAUGCUGGUUGAUGGGUCAGAUGUUGGAAAAGAAAUGCGGAAGAAAAAGAAAUAUCGUGUCGAUAUUCUUCGCUGUGAAAGUUUGGCAUCUCUUGCACAGGCAACUUUAGAACGGUUGUUUCUUCGUGACUAUGAUAUUGUUGUUUCUAUUGUUCCUCUUCCACGUUCUUCUGUUCUUCCAGGACGAUCAGGUCCCAUUCAUUUUGGUCCUCCCUCUCAUUUAUCUAUGACACCUUGGAUGAAGUUGGUACUGUACUCAAAUAUGGCUUGUGGACCUUUAUCGGUUGUUCUCAUGAAAGGACAGUGUCUACGUUUGCUUCCUGCACCACUGGCUGGUUGUGAGAAGGCCCUUAUAUGGUCUUGGGAUGGUUCAACAGUUGGAGCCUUGGGAGGCAAGUUCGAAGGAAACUUAGUCAAGGGAAGUAUACUUUUACAUUGUUUAAAUUCUCUUCUCAAACACUCAGCUGUUUUGGUGCAGCCUCUUAGUAGGCAUGACCUUGAUGAAUCUGGACGUGUCAUUACAUUGGACGUUCCAUUGCCCCUAAAGAACUCUGAUGGUUCAAUUGCUCAUAUAGGGAAGGAAAUGGGACUGUCUGAAGAGGAAAGUUCAAAGCUAAACUCAAUGUUGGAGGAUUUGGCAAAGAAGGUAAACUUGUGGACGGUUGGUUACAUUCGUCUAUUAAAGCUUUUCAAAGAAAGAGAAUUAGAUAACUUUUCACCUGAUGAUGAUAAGUAUGAAUGGGUCCCACUUAGUGCGGAAUUUGGAAUGCCACUUUUUAGUCCAAAGUUAUGCAACAGUAUAUGUAAAAGGGUUGUUGCUUCUCAAUUACUUCAAGCUGAUUCACUAAGUGCGCACCAUGAGGCAAUGCAAGCUUUAAGAAAAAGGUUACGUGAUGUUUGUUCAGAGUAUCAUGCAACAGGUCCUGCAGCAAAACUUCUUUACCAAAAGGAGAAAUCAAAGGACUCAUCACGAAUGCUCAUGAAUUAUGCUAGUGGAAGAUGGAAUCCUCUCACGGACCCUUCCUCUCCUAUUUCAGGAGCUUCAGGUGACCAUCAGAGGUUAAAACUUGCUAAUCGACAACGUUGCCGAACUGAAGUUUUAAGCUUCGAUGGUAGCAUUCUUAGGUCAUAUGCUUUAAGUCCUGUGUAUGAGGCUGCGACAAGGCCAAUUGAAGAAGCCUCUUCACAAGCAACAGCAAAAGUUGAGCAAGAAGAAGCUGACAGCAGAGAAGUUGUCCUUCCUGGUGUUAAUCUUAUUUUUGAUGGCUCUGAGUUGCACCCUUUUGACAUAGGUGCUUGUCUACAGGCCCGUCAACCGGUCUCAUUAAUACAAGAGGCAGCAGCUGCAUCUGCAGCUGCUGCAAGUAAAUAGGGCCUUGGGCUAUAAUCUUGCUUGAAUAUAGUAGAAGGAAGAAUCGACCCAUUACUACCACCUACCUACUACCAACCAUGUGUUCGUGCAGUUUUGAUUCUGGUUAUUCAGUUCAUCAUCUGCAUAUGUUGAGUUGGCAAUGCCCACUGUCUCAAAAUUAUCUUCAAGAUAUGUCUUCUCAGUUCAGACCUUUUUUAGGUCAUGUUUAUCCGGAGUUGAUCCACAAACAAAAGGGAGUAAUUAUGGUUUAUAAAUAAAUAUAUCCAAAAUCUGACACGAUAUGGUUGUCCUGGUGAUUUAUUGCCCUCACCAAACAAACUAAAGAGGUUGGUGGUGUAAGAGACAUGGAAACUGAUGCAUAUUUAGUCAUGCAAAGAUGUCUAUGUAUACAAGAAAAAAAAGGGAAAGGAAAGAAAAGAAAAGAAAAGAAAAGAAAAAAAAAAGGAUUACGAAAAUUGGCUUUUUAACUCUUUGAUUUUUUGUUGUAUUCUUUUAUUUUUCUCAUGAUGAUGAUGAUGAUGAUGAUGAUGUAGAGAAACAGUUUUAGCGUGAUGAGAUGAAAUGUAAUCAAACAUGAUGUAUUUUUUGAAGGAAGAAUAUUGGAUUGCUUUGCUUAAUGCAGCGUUAUUAUUUACCAAAAAAAUGGAAGAAAAGAAUAUCGGAUUGCUUUA